AUGAUUGAAAUUCCAAAAGAAGCCAAAUUUCCAUUAAAACAAGAAGUUUUUCCAUCAAAGGAUUCAACUACUCCGUCAUCAUCAUCAUCAACAUCACAAUGGUUAAAGCUAAAGGAUCCAAGAAUUGUGAGAGUAUCAAGAGCCUUUGGAACAAAAGAUAGACACAGCAAAGUAUACACAAUAAAAGGGCUAAGAGAUAGAAGGGUAAGACUUUCAAUUCAAACAGCAAUUCAUCUUUAUGAUCUUCAAGAUAGAUUAGGGUUAAGUCAACCUAGCAAAGUUGUUGAUUGGUUGCUUAAUAUAGCUAAAGAUGAAAUUGAUGAACUUCCUCCACUUCCAAUACCUCAAGAAAAUUUCACCCUAGGUUAUCCAUCUUUUGCUAGUACUAUUUCUAAUACUUCUGUUUGGAAAUCAAAUUCAAGACAAGGGUUAGGAGAAAUUGUUACCAACAAAGAAAGUUGGAUAAAUAGAAGCAAAAAGGAAAAACAGAAAAAAGUCGAGACUGAUCAUUAUGAUUGCGCGCAAUAUAUUUUGCAUGAUAAUCUCUUAUCAGAUUUAGCAUCUGACCAUACUUCAAAUAUGAUUACUUCUUACGGAAGAAAUCCACGAACAAAUCAACCUUCUUUCUUAGAAUUAUUGAAUCCUAUGCCUUUUGGUUACCAAUUGGAGCCUUCAUGUAAUCAUGUUGCUCAUGAGUUAUCAAAUUUUGGAUUUGUUAACCAAAUUAAAGAUAUAGAUGGAAUUAAUGUUGUACCUUUUCCAUCAUCAUUGUCUUUGUCUACACAACAAUAUUUACCUUCACAUGUUGGUGCAAUGGAGAUGGAUACAAGACAAAUCAAUUACAACUAUGAUCAAAUGAUGAAUCCAAGUUCUCUCAAUGCAACUCAACAAUGA